GGAUUAGUAGGCCAGCGACCCGGAAGUAGUAAUGUCGGUUCAGUUGCUAGCUACUCACAUAGCCUCAAAAAUAGCUCGUGAAUAUUCUUAAUAACUCUCUCUAUAGCUUUCACGUAUAGUAGACGCGUUUACCGUAAUAAUACAAAACAAAUCGCUCAAAAUUGUUGCUUGGUUGUAUGCAGCUCUGUGUAAAGUUAACGUAGCUUACAAAUGACAACGUUAGCCUUUAGCUAGUAGCGUAACAUUCGUUUCAAAGUAACGUUACCGCACUGAAAAUGCGCAUGUGAUUGAAAGAUAUUAACGUUUCACAGGUUGUGAGAAGGAUUAAUUAACAACAUAUUAAGUCAUGUCUACUGGCGCUGAUGUCCGGGAUAUUCUGGAGUUGACUGGAGGAGAAAAUGACGGUCCCAUCAGCAAGAAAGAUCUCAUUAACUCAGACAAGAAAAAAACGAAGAAGACAACAGAGACGCUGACCUUCAAGAGACCCGAGGGAAUGCACCGAGAGGUCUAUGCUCUGCUCUAUUCAGAUAAAAAAGAUGCACCCCCUUUGCUGCCUAGUGAUACUACUCAGGGCUACAGGACAGUUAAAGCCAAGCUGGGCUGUAAAAAGGUGCGACCCUGGAAGUGGAUGCCCUUUACCAAUCCAGCUCGCAGGGAUGGGGCUAUAUUCCACCACUGGAGACGUGUGGCAGAGGAGGGCAAGGACUACCCUUUUGCCCGCUUCAGCAAGACAGUGCAGGUACCAGUGUACUCUGAGCAGGAGUACCAGAUGCAUCUCCAUGACGAUGGCUGGACUAAAGCAGAGACAGACCACCUGUUUGACCUGUGCAAGCGCUUUGACCUGCGCUUUGUAGUUGUCCAUGACCGUUAUGACCACCAGCAAUACAGAAAACGUUCUGUGGAGGACCUGAAAGAACGAUAUUAUACCAUUUGUGGUAAGCUGACCAAGGUGCGUGCAGCUACAGGGAUGGAGCCCAAGAUCUACAUCUUUGAUGCUGGCCAUGAAAGGCGCCGUAAAGAGCAACUGGACAAGCUCUUUAAUCGCACACCUGAACAAGUGGCAGAAGAGGAAUAUCUUAUUCAGGAGCUAAGGAAGAUUGAGACAAGAAAGAGAGAGCGGGAGAAGAAGGCCCAGGAUCUGCAGAAACUCAUUAAAGCAGCUGACACAAACACAGAGUUAAGGCGAGCAGAAAAGAGAGUUUCCAAGAAGAAACUACCACAAAAAAGAGAGACAGAAAAACCGGCUGUUCCAGAAACAGCAGGCAUCAAGUUCCCUGACUUCAAAUCAGCGGGAGUCACACUGCGCAGUCAGAGGAUGAAACUGCCAAGCUCUGUAGGCCAGAAGAAGAUCAAGGCCAUUGAGCAGAUCCUGCUAGACCAAGGAGUGGAUCUUAACCCCAUGCCCACAGAGGAGAUUGUUCAGAUGUUUAAUGAACUGCGUAGCGACUUAGUGCUGCUGUAUGAGCUGAAGCAGGCCCACAGCAAUUGUGAAUACGAACAACAGAUGCUGCGUCAUCGCUAUGAGGCCCUUCUGAAGGCCGGCAGCGGAGGCGGGUUUGGUGGAACUAUAGGGGCUGGACCCCCAGCCUCAACACAGGUUGGAGAAGUCAAUGCCACCAACAGCACUACAGCAUCCACCCCAGGGGGUGAAGCUCCGCCCUGGCCCAGUGCAGAUGACAUCAAGGUGGAAGCCAAGGAACAAAUCAUUGAUGUUGUAGGAGCACCACUUACCCCCAACUCACGCAAACGGAGAGAGUCAGCAUCCAGCUCGUCUUCGGUAAAAAAGGUGAAGAAGCCUUGAUGAGCACCAGCUGGUACACGGUGGGGGACAAAGGACCGUGUAAGUUACUCGGGUCGUGGCGGAGAUGACCACAAGUUUUAUGGUUGGACAAGAGGGACACGCGAGCAGGACACAACAUUACGUAGAAGCACCACUGACGAGACACACACACACACACACACACACACACACACACACACACACACACACACACACACACACACACACACACACACACACACACACACACACACACACAUCUCCCAACAAGACCUCUCCAACUCCUCCCCAUCUGGGCUGCCCAGCAUCUUUGUGACAAAGGCAACAACUGAGUGACAUUUCAUUCCAUUACUUCUCGUCUCCCUUCCUCCACCAUUGCUCAGCCUUAGAUGAGGCAAGAUCAACUGUAAAUUGCCAGGCCGAGCUAAUCAGGACAUGGCGAAGAAGGUGGGAAUGACUGGGUAAUUGAAAUGAAUUGGAAUGAAAGAAGAGACUCUGAGAGUGGGAGGACCUUGAGCUGCAAUGCUCAUUUGACCCAUCUGAGGUUUUUCCCUAGGCUAAUCAUGCCAUAGUGUUUACUGGAAAUGUGUUUUUGUGUUAGCCUGUAGUAACCCCUGUAGCAACCCACAGUGUGUCUUGCUUUCUCUCUGAUGGACAGUGGUUCCAUCCGCUGUCCAUGCUCAUUUUUGACCUAAUGGGGCUGAGUUGUGUUGUUUGUCCUCGGGUGACCUUGAAGAUGCUUUAGUCAAUGAUUCAAUAAACCUCAUUGUUGUUUUGC